AUGAGUGACCCUAAUAUUAUUCAAGAAACCCAUCACAAACUUAAUCAAAUUUUUAAUUCAAUUAAAUUAGAAAAUGUAUAAACUCAACAAACACUUAAAACUAUUACAAAUACUAAUAAUUUGAUUGCUUAAGUCAGGCAUUGUAAAUCAUUAGCCUAACUCUUUCACAAUGUCUAAAAUCUUAGCUAAACUCAUUAAUUAUUUAAAGAAAUUAAAAUUAAUAAUCUAUCCAUCUAACUUAAUAAUGAUGUAGUAAUAUAUACAAAAGAAGAUGGACAUUGCAUUGCUAAAGUUAUUGAAAUUAUUGGAGUUGUCAGAUUUUAACAAUUUACUCCUAUUAUUAAAAUUUAAUGGUACUACUCUAAAAAAGAUUUAAAAUAAAUUAUUGGAAAAUAUUUAGAUUGUAUUAGUCAAAGGGAAUUAUUUCUAUCUGAUUAAUACGAUUAUAUUUAACCAGAUACAAUUGUUGGUGAAGCUUAAGUUUAGGAAUUAAAAGAAUUUGAAUAGAAAAAUCUCACAAAUGGUUUCAUUUUUUUUUGUAGGUAUUCUUUAUAUUUUUCUUAAGAUCCUUUUAUAAAAAUGAACAAAUCCUUCCACCUAUUUAGAAAUGGGAAAAACAUUGCAUAUGCAGAUUACCAAUGAAUCCUGAUAGGAAAUAUUUAAUGUGUGAUAUUUGUUAACAAUCUUAUCAUAAAGAAUGUGUGGCUUAAAAUAAGAUUGUCUAAAAAUUAUAUGUAUGUGCUUCAUGCAGGAAAUCAAAAUGA